AAUAAAUAUCAAUAACGGAAAUAAGCUAACAUCAAAUCACAUCAACUAAUUUUAGUUUUCUCUACCAUUGUUCACUUCAUUUUCUUCAAAUGGCAUAGUGAAAUCUUCAUCAAAAUCUAAAAAUCAAAAAUAUAAAACUGAAAAGGAAAAACCUAAUUUUUUUGUCAGUACAUAACUUCUUAGUUGAAAAAUUAAAAUAUAAAAUAUAAUCUAAAAACAUAAUAAAUAAAUAAAAAAGUAAAAGUUAUUUAUUGAUUCAACCGGUGGUUCAACCGGUAUCGGGUUCCAAAUUUUAUUGAGUUUUUGUGGAUUUUUGCAGGUUUUUAAAUAUUGGAUUUUCUCUGGGUUAUCGAGUUUACCGGCUCAGCCGCGGAUCUUUGUCAGGUUUCAAAACACUGAUUUUCUCUAAUAACCGUCUAUACAAUUCUGACCAUAUGAGAAAUUAGCUUUAAUUAGUAUUAUACUACCAUUAAAAAAGUUUAUGAAAGUGACUUGAGAUCAUCACAGCCAAAACCAAAACAAACGUUAAAAGGUUCGUAUCUUGCAAGUGAAUUAAAAGAUUGAAUUCAAAUCAUAAAGCAAGUGAUAAAAUCUCAACAAAUGCGCUUAUCCAUAUCUCGAAUGGGUUUGGUCGGAAAAUAAACUAAUACAUUAGUCGGUACGCAUUUACAUUUUGUCCAUGUAGGCGCACUGAAUUAGAACACUUGAUAUUUUACGAGUACCGCAAAAACACGGAUUGUUUUUCAAGAUUAUCAUUUUCAAUUAACUCUUGUAUUAGUGUAAAAGUCGAAUAUUAGCAAUUAAAUUUUGCAUUCUUCGUUGAUAAAUUAUAAUCAGUUUGUACAGUUUGUACUAAGACACCUCUACAAAUCAACGCUUGGAAAAUAAACUUAAUUUCCAUCAGAAACUAUUUCCAGUGCCUCUCAAAUCUUAAACAAACAUGAUUAGUCAUUUUUUCUACUCUAUGAACGUGAUAAAGUUUCAUUAGAUGGACUACCCAAAAACUAAAAAAUAGUGAAUUACUAGCUUUUACUAGUUUAUUAUAACCGACUCUUUUGGCGAUAGCUGAGUAAAGGUGUAUGAAAUAGUUAAAUAGUUUUCCUCCAGUAUGAAUUACUUAAAUCUAUAAGCAUGCAUGCGCAACUUAGGUCCAUCAUAUAAGAAUAUUAUUAACAACAAAAUAUGGACCAAAAGAAGACUAGAACACAGCUGCAUCUAAGUUAACCUAUCCACCACUCUCAUAUCACCUAAUCUAAAAUCCUAACAAACCCCAUUAGAUUCUCAUUAGUCAAUUUAAAACAGAUCAUAUUGACCAAAAUGAUCAUUCACGCAACGAUUUCAAUUGGCUGUAUUUUAAAACAUGCUUUCUAAAAUAAAUUUACCAACAAAAGAAGAAGUUAAUCCGAUUGCAUUUUAGCAUUUUUGUGUUUGAAACAAAAAAUAACUUACGGUUGAAUUAUAACCCCACAUCAUAACUAUGUUAUAAACAUUUUCUGUCUGGUACAAAAAUUUGACUGUACAAGUAUCUGGAGGUCGUAAAUCCUAGAAUUUAAUCAAGACGUUAACAAACCAUUGAUGAAAAGAAUAAGUCCAUUGUCCAUAUCACUACUAUACAACAUUAAGCAAAUUUUGCAGUCCCAAACAGAUAAUUUAAUAUGUGCAUGUUAUUUAAUAAGAUGAACUAUACUUUUGGCGAAGAACCACAUGCAUGACACUUAUGCAAAUUUUAUAACGAAAGUUGAAACAAAACAGGAAAAUUCUUAUCAAUGAUUAUAAUUGUACUUGCAAUUAUUUGUUUAUGCCCUCGAGUAUCUUUCAUCAUUACAACCUGCUUUCUUUUCCAUAAAAGUCAUGAAUUGGUCAAUAAUAGCUAUCCUUUAAUUAUUCCAUUUUAGUCUCGACCUAGCUUCCUAGUUCCUACGAGAGUUUGGAUGCGGAGUAUUUAGAUUCAGAUGAUCAAAUAUGUUGUAACUUGUAUGGUUUUAUCUUUUUGUUAGAUAUACAACGACGAUGUGUCUCCAAAUCUCCCUAAGCUAGUCUUAGAUGACAGAGUGUUCCUUCUGAUUUAAUGUGUAGUCCGGAAUAUUCUGGUAUUAAGCGAUUCAAGAAGUUACGUAAUUCAAGUACUAUACAGUGUGCUUAGCCAGAAAGAAAUACAGUAAGUCAUUAACCGAAAAAGUUAUGUAAUGCUUGGUCACUGUAUUUUUCAUACAUAUCAACAAGAAGAACAUCAAAUGUUGAGGUAUUUCAUAUAAUAUAAUACCCAUAAAAUGAAUAUCCAUACUUUGGGAGUCUUAUCCAGUUUAUAACCUUAAAGAAAAUGAUCACGCUUAAAUGUUUAGUAUUCUAAUGAAAUAAUCAUCUUAAAGCUAUAAAGUUUCUUGAGGAAGCAUGUGAGUGAAUUAUACUUGCUUUCUUGAACAAACCUUAGCUAAUUUCGGCGCACGUUCAUACACCCGUAAUCAAAUUGUAGUUUGAUAUACAUUUUUUUAAGAAAAUCUUUGUUAUAUUGUUAACCAACAAAAAAUAUCUGUUACAUCAAAAUUAUUGAAUUCCUAACCCAUUCCUUGGAAUUAUACGUUAUAUGCUCAUUUUAGGCCAGUAUCUUGGAAAUUUGAAAAAGCCAAUUUGUUUCAAAGUUACAAAAGGAUAAUAGGUUUGUGUACUAUACAUGGAAUUUGGAUAGAUGUUUAACUUACUAAACCCGUAGAUCUGAUUGUCUGAUUAAAUUGUUACUAUAAGAGAUUGGGCACUAGCAACCCUCUUAUAUAUAUUGGGUGGAUAUCAACAAAUAUAAAUCAUCCAUUUACUAUCAAAACCCAUGAUUUGUAAGAGACAUGUAAAGACUCAUACAGUCUGAAUAUAUUAUAGGUAACUUCCUAUAAUAUAUGAGAUAAAUUAAUUCUAUCAUGUCAUUAUUUUUGAAUUGGAAGUGUAUAACAUCUGUCACAUAAUGAUUUUGAGUAUUACUGCAAACAAAAGUCACUUUACCAGUUAUUUACACAUGUCUAAAACAACUUUCAGCCAAAUUCAAGUAUUUUGUUUUGUUGUGAGAAACUUUUGAAAAUGGAAAUGAAAUGAAUGUUGGCUAAGACAACGCGCAAAAGCUAACUCAGAACAUUAAUAGAUCAUUAAUUUUAAAAAGUCCAGCCAAUUUGUUGGUCAAUUCCUGUGUUUGAUUUUUUUGUUUUUUAUGUUUGGCGAUUCUUUCCCAAAAUCAAAUGGGAAGAGGAGCAAAUAAUUUACUUAAGCUUCACGCUUUCCAUUUAUUACACUGUCAUUUUGCACUGCAAUUUUACUAUUCCAAUGCCUCUUUCACCACUAUUUCUAUUAUCCACUCAAUAUCUUGAUUUCUUACAUUUUCCAAGUUUUAUAAAAUAAUUAGAAACACUGUAUCUAGACUUCAUAGAUCAAUCAUAUGAACUUGAGAUGAUGACUAAACCAUUUAUACAUGUUACUUCCAAAACUCUGUUUAUCGGAUUAAUCUUACAUUCAAGGUGUUCUGAAAACACUCUUCAUUUAUUGUUUUAAACUUUUCAGUAUUCAUUUAUUUCUCAUUUAAAUUCAGUUAACAUGAAUUGCAACAUUUUGUAGUAUAGAUUACGAUGUGUGACAUCAAUAUGUAGCAAAAACAAAAACGUUAAGCUUCUGAACAAUUAAAAAUAAAUAAAGUCUCCACCAUUUAUUGAUUAGUACUAUAUAGAAAUCUAAUUAGGCUUCAUAUGGUGAACAAUGAUGGUUGCGGGUGGAAUCGUCAAAUAAUUUAAUCCAAAAUUCGUGAAUUCACAUAAUUACGUGAUUUGGCAAACCAUUAUGUUAUCAUGUAGAUUACUAAAUGUAGCUCUGUUUAUGAUCUAAUUCCUUCUCAUUGAUUAUACCCGUUCAAUUAAUUAAUCUGCCGUCAGUAUUCAUAAUGCCUAAGAAAGUAAGAAUAUUGCUUUUAGUCUUACAACUUAAAUAUAUCUCGAAAAACAAAUGUACUAUGUUCGAAAUUUGUAAAGAAAAACGUCAUAGAGAGAAUCUUACAAAGGUCCCACUAGUGAAACUCCCCUUCUAUAAAUUCCAGUUAUUUAGCCUCACACCAAAGAACAUUUCUCCAAAAGUAAAACAUAUCUCACUCUUUUAGUCUCCUCCACACUCUUCGAAGAUAAUGGACUCUCCUCCACUUCCUCGCCACAACCAAACCGACCAUCAGACCAAACAGAUCAUCCUCGUACACGGUCCCAUCAUCAUAGGAGCAGGUCCUUCCGGUCUUGCCACGUCAGCAUGUCUCUCAAACCGUGGAGUCCCUUCUUUGAUCCUAGAACGUUCUGAUUCAAUAGCAUCUCUAUGGAAAACCAAAACCUACGACAGACUCAAGCUCCAUCUCCCAAAACACUUUUGCAGAUUACCGCUCCUGGACUUCCCUGAAAAUUUCCCAAAAUACCCUUCUAAAAACGAGUUCUUGGAUUACCUUGAGUCAUACGCUUCACACUUUGGCAUCGCCCCGAGGUUCAACGAGAACGUUGUAAACGCUGCUUUCGAUACGUCAUCUGGUUUGUGGAGAGUAAAGACUCUAAACAAGACAGAGUAUCUCUCGAAGUGGCUUAUUGUUGCGACCGGUGAGAACGCUGAUGCUUACGUCCCGGAGACUCCGGGGAUAGUGAAGUUUUCCGGUGGUAAAAUUAUUCACGCUAGUGAUUAUAGAAGCGGCGAAGAGUUCAGACAACAGAGAGUUUUAGUCGUGGGAUGUGGAAACUCCGGGAUGGAGAUUAGUUUGGAUCUUGUUCGACAUAACGCUUCUCCUCAUCUUGUUGUCCGUAACACAGUUCAUGUGUUGCCAAGGGAGAUACUUGGGCUAUCAACAUUUGGAGUUGGGAUGACACUUCUCAAGUGUUUACCAUUACGGCUUGUUGAUAAGUUCUUGUUACUGAUGGCUAAUCUUUCGUUUGGAAAUACCGACCGGUUAGGUAUACACCGACCAAAAACCGGUCCGCUUGAGCUAAAAAAUGUCACAGGAAAAAGUCCGGUUCUCGACGUUGGAGCUAUGUCUCUCAUCAGAUCUGGCAAGAUUAAGAUAAUGGAAGGUGUAAAAGAAAUUACAAAAAAUGGAGCAAAGUUUAUGGAUGGUCAAGAAAAGGAGUUUGACUCGAUCAUAUUUGCCACUGGUUACAAAAGCAACGUGCCUACUUGGCUUCAGGGAAGUGAUUUUUUCACGAAGGAAGGGAUGCCAAAAACGCCGUUUCCUAACGGGUGGAGAGGAGGGAAAGGAUUGUACACGGUUGGGUUUACUAGGAGAGGACUCCUUGGAACGGCGUCAGACGCGGUUAAUAUCGCUGGGGAAAUAGCUGACCAGUGGAGAGACGAGAUCAAGGGGCCCAUCAAGAAUAUGUGCAGCUCUCGUUUUGUCCUAAUCUCUAAGUCCUAAUUUAUGUUUUAAAAUAAACAAUUACUACCUAAUUUUGCAUGUUGUAAAUUGAAGAAAUAAACUUUUACAGAUGUGGUUAA